UACAUUUUGGUGCCACUUGGCAUAAUUUUAAUCCUCUAAUUGCCACCUGUCCUCUCUACAGCUUCUAACUUUACAAAAUCCCGCUCAAACUAAAACCCUAAAUCAAAACACGCGUAGAUGUUUCUGUUCCUUCUCCUACAAUCUUCUUUCCCCACCCCUUCAUCCGCUCUUUUUGCUGAACAUCAAUUAAUCAAAGAUUGAUACAAAUUCUGGGCUUUCCAUAAUUUUCAAAUCAGUUUCCUUUUAAUCUUAAUUCCAAUUACAAACCCUAUGCCAAACGAUUUCACCAUCAAUCUUUCUAUCAAUUGUUUUCUUCAAACCUAGAAUUGAUUGUUAUUUGUUGAGGCUUGAUCUAGGGCUCGAAUAGAUGAUUCAGAUCUGUAUUUCUCUGCUAUGAAGGAACCGCAGAGUUCUACAACGAAUCUUCAGGUAUGUGGGAGAACAUAUGGGGAGAAAACAUGCAUCACGGAUAUUAUAACUCCGACGACGUCGUUGAACUCUCCGAUCACCGUUCUGCUCAGAUCCGUAUGAUUGAACAAGCCCUAACGUUCGCCUCUGUUUCAGGGUUAUUGCGGUACAAGUGGUCGGACAUGGAGCAGAAGAGGGUUGAGGCAAACAAGUUGGCUUCAGAAAAGAAGACGAAAUUCAAGUCUGAAUUUAAGCUUUUCCGCAGGUAUUGUAAGCUAUACUGCUACCAAGGUGCUGACAGUGAAGUAUGUUCCCAAUUUCAUUCUGAACUCUACAUCUCGACCUGUACCUCUUAUGCCCAACCCUGUUAUGACCAUUACCAAAAUGACAAUUUUCUAAUACAAAAUGUCCUGGCUCGAACCCGUAAAUAUAAAUUUUAGCUAACAAGUCAGAAUGACCUCUUUUGGGGCAAAAACACACUAUUUAUUUAACGGGCCAAUAGUUAUUCAUUUUUCGAAUACUGCAACAAAACUAUGAGUUAACCUUUUUAGUAAAUGGGUCAAAAACAGUUCUUAGUGAAUGGGUCAAAAUCAUCACUUUUGUCAAAGUGCUUUGUGUUUUGACCUGAACCAAUAAAGCAUGUACACUUUUUCUUUCGCGUCUGUACAGAUUUGAGUAUCAAUACGGCUCAGGUCAAAACGAGUUUUAAUUGGAUUUGGUUACACAUAUGAACGGGUUCAAGUCAUUAUAUGUUUGUGUCAUAACGGGUCAACUCAAAAACGGGUUGUUUUGGUAAAGGUCGACACAGGUUUUUGGGUCGGUAUUGGUCGGUCAUUAUCAUAUACUAAAUAUUAAACUUUGAUAAAGAUAAAAACUAAUGAAAUAAAAUUGGUAAGGCUAUAAAAGUUGAAGCUUAGACCAAGUGUUUGAUCUUUGUCAUCAACUGGUCACUGUAUUUCCAAGAAGUCAAUUUGCAACCAACAAGAAAUUCAUGAAGAUCCACGUUUACUUUUUAUCUAUUGGUUGAGUAUUUUUUUAUUAUUUUUUACUGUACUUUUUUUCUUUAUAUAAAAAAUGUAAGGAUUUUUAUGGGAUGAAAUGAUCAUUUAGAAAAAGUUUGUGGGAAAGUUUGUAAGCAUUGCUAAUGUGUGAGAUAACUAUGAAUCCACGUUUACUUUUUAUCUAUUGGUUGAGUAUUUUUUUAUUAUUUUUUACUGUACUUUUUUUCUUUAUAUAAAAAAUGUAAGGAUUUUUAUGGGAUGAAAUGAUCAUUUAGAAAAAGUUUGUGGGAAAGUUUGUAAGCAUUGCUAAUGUGUGAGAUAACUAUGGAGGUUUAGUUGGGUGCAUCUGAGAUGUUCCAAGGGUUUUUAGCAGGACUCUAAAUUAUAUUUUUGAAACUGACCAUAUAAGGUGGUAAUGUUUUGCACUUAGUAUAUAUAUUCACUCAAGUGUUUAGCUAAGCAGUCAAUAGCGGUGCUAUAGCGGUUAGCGGACCUCAAGGUGUGUAGCGGUCCAAAUAGCGGUGGCCUAUAGCGGUUCCACUAUUAGCGGCGCUAAAUACCGCUAUAGCGGUGCUGUGGCGGUACUAUAGCGGUGCUAUAGCGGUGGCCUAUAGCGGUUAUAGCAGUAACAGUAUUUGAUUGUGUUAAUUCUUAAAUUAAAUACUUCAAAGUUACUAUUAAUAUUUGAUUUGCAACAGGUUUUUUAUAAUAG